AUGAAAACUUUGAGGCUACAAAGAGGUUUUAAUAUAGUGGUAAAUUGUAAUAAAUUAAGGCACUUUUCAACAAAAAAGGAGAAAGACUUUGAUUUUAAUGAGUUCUUUGAUAAGAAAAAAAGAGAGAAGGCAUAGCAGAAAUUCGAAUAAUAAAGUAGCACAUAUGCAGAAGGAGAGUAUUAAAAUAGUCAAGACUAAGAUAAUACCAGGAAAUUUAAUGCAAAUUUCAACUCUCAAUAAGAAAGCAGAGGUGGUAGUCAAACAAUAAUGCAACUGCCCUCAUAAAUUGCUAAAGAUUUGGUUUUAAUGAACCUACCAAAGUACAAAAAAAGAUUGGAUGAUAAAUUCAAAGAUUUGAACGAUGCUUAUGAGAGAUUAUAAAAGUGGGUUGAGGAAAGAGAUUAGACUCUAGAUGAAAACCUAAUGAAUAACAAGUUCUAAAAUAUGGGUAAUAAAAUUGACACAUUCUUAUUCAUAAUAUAGUUGAGGAAGAUAUGGAUUUAAGAGAACCUAAGCAUAUGA